AUGGCUCUUUCCGAUAAAGGUCAAAAAUCGCAAGGGUCAAAAGGACCCCCUGAUAAACCUCGCACAUACACCUCACUUUUUCACGAUAAUGAAGUGGUAACCCUUUAUCAACAUGAAAAGACCAACACUCGGCAAAUAUGGCGACGUGCAGAACACCCCCAUUCACUUCUUUUUGACUUAUCUCGUACAGCAAUAAGCGAUGAACAAUUUCGACUAGCACUCUAUGAAUCACCUCUCAAGGAUGCUGCUCAUGGCGCCAUCAUCCACAGAUCCCGGAAGCACACCACUGCAGAAGUUACAUUUGAUGAUCAAGAAACUGUUGACAAACUCAAGCAUGAACCCAUCACCAUGAAAGAUGGUACGCAGCUGUUUGGAUCCCUUCCUAUUCCUGAAGAAUGGGAGGUAGUCAAGGUCAAUCUCACGCACAUCCCACUUUACAACCGUACAACUCUAACGCAAGCCCUCAUUGACGCUUUGAAACCUUUCGGCAAUAUCCUUGAGCUUGGCAUUUAUCUUGAACAACACUACUUCACCGGCAAAGGCUUUGUAUAUCUCAACACUAACCCCAAGAACUACACCCUGUCAAAAACUUUUCAUGUACAACCUCAGCAAUUAUCUCAUUCAAUCCCAGUCUCCCGAAAAGAUGGAACCUAUCCCACUCGCGUGCAUGCCACGUGGUCGAAAAUGCCACUGCAUUGCCGUUAUUGCCAUGAACCUGGACACACACGUCUACAAUGCCCUUAUCGACCAAAACCACGUUGUUAUUAUUGUCAAGAAACAGGACAUUUACGUAAAGACUGUCAUAUUCGCAAUGGUGUUAAAUCUGCUCCCGCUCCCAUUGAUACGCAAGCGCCUACUACAAUCGCUGCCGUUACUCCGACUUCCCGCAACUCCAACUCAAGUCCAUCUAAACGUAAACGAUCGCCGACAUCACCACCCCAACAAUCCUCGUUCAAUUUCACUCCACCUGCCAAACUUACUACUGAUAACCCUUUGCCCAAUGAUAAACCGCAUGAUCCAGUUACAGACCUCAAUACUACCCCUCCUUCCCUUGAGAGUAAACCCACCAGCAUCAAUACGACUCCUCCUCCCCUAGAUAGCAAACCCACCAGCAUGGACACAUCACCACCAUCAUCAUCCAGUGACCCUCCCGUUGAUGCUAUGGAAACCUAG